CCGGACGUGUUGCCAUCACUUCGUGUAACUUGUUCACUGUAAUUGUCAAUCAGCUAUCCCAGGAAUUCAACACUACAUGCUAUCAGCUAGUACGCCAUAAUAAGGACAUUUUGUACAAACCGCAUUACUGUUUACCGAUACAAUUUCGUAAGUUGUCAAGAGCAGGCCACUGUUUGGGAAAGGCGCAGUUACGUAAACCGUCGGGCCACUUGACAGAUGCUCUGAAUGCCACACCACGGACAGUGCACUCAUGUCAGCAACAUCCAAACGUGAGAUUGGUCUUUAAGAAGACCCCUCGCUCUCCCAGGAGCCUCUGCCGUGCCCUUGACCUGUGUCACAUCCUCUUCAACAUCCUCAUCGUCUUUGUACAUGUACUUACAUGAAGAGAGGAGAGAAACCAGAGGGCUACAGGCAGAUGAGACCCAAAACGUUCCCAGCCAGCAACUACAGCGGCAACAGCCAACACAUGCUGCAGGAAAUCCGUAACAGUUUGCGAAAUCUCUCGAAGCCGUCAGACCCACCUAAAGUGGACUUUAGUGGGAAAAUGCUCCCGGAGGACAUACGGCAACAGGGUCGCUGCUUCAACCCCAAGAACCCUCAUCAUAAGGCCUUGCGGUCGAUCCGCGAGUCCUUGAUGCCUUUUGCAAAUGAGCCCGGCACUUCAGCCGAGCUCAACAAACACAUGUCAGUGGAGCCUCCGUUUGCUGGCUUCGAGGAGACGGCUGGUCGCAGUGUGGGGUCCGCUGUCGACUACAUGACAAAAAUGAACUACCAGGACUCGCUGAGGGAACAGAUGGUUGUCCCCAAUCCAAGCACUGCAUGCCUCAAAGCUCCAGGUGCAGCUCACAUGCAACAGUCCUUACUGAGGAGACCCAGCUGGAAAGGGUCGAAAGAAUCCCUGGCUCCUCGACACGCAAUGGUGUACCGCUCAGAUAGUCCAGGGCCCCCUCCCGCCUUUCCGCAAAGUCACUCUGUCAACAGCCAGAGAGUCAAUCCUCCCCUGCCACCGCAAGUUCGUAGCGUCACGCCUCCUCCCAACCGUGGACCGAUGCCCUCGGCGUCUUCCUGGGACAGCAACCCGUCGACCAAACGCUACUCUGGCAACAUGGAUUAUCUCGUGCCUCGCAUCUCCCCGGUGCCUCAGGGGGCCUGGGCUGACGGUUAUCCCACAGCGUCGCCGCAGAACCAGCGUGGGAUGAGCCCGGUUCCAAUGGGUCAAAUGCCCAUCAUCAUGCAAAGCUCCGGAGGAAAUAAAUUUAACUUCCCAUCAGGCUGGUCUCAGAAUGGCUCAUCUCAGGCAGACCACAUGGCAGGAGGCAGUAGGCAGCCUCCUCCCCCUUACCCGGUCAACCAAAGCAGCAGACACAGUCCCACUGACCAGCAGCUGCAGGCCGGCGGGCCCGCUUCUUCUCCGUCGUACGUUAACGGUGGCAGCAUCCCUCAAUCCAUGAUGGUUCCCAAUCGGAACAGUCACAAUCUUGAUAUGUACAACAUAGGGCCUCCCCAUUCCUGGUCUCAGGCUCCCAUGGCCUCUAACCAGCCCCAAUCUUCUUCAGGCAGCAGCGGCAACCAGGAUCUAUCUCCGUCAUGGCAGCAUAACAUGCUAGUGCGCUCCAAUUCCUUUAAUAGCAGAGCAGCCCACCCUGCCAGCUCCCAGCCAUCCGCUACUACGGUCACCGCGAUCACACAAGCCCCCAUCCUGCAGCCGGUUAAAAGUAUGAGGGUUCAAAAACCUGAACUGCACACUGCUGUUGCGCCCACGCACCCGCCUUGGAUGCAACAGGCCGCUUCUGCCGCCCCUGCUUACCUGGAGCCCUCUGCAACAGUUCCUCAGAUUCCUGUUGUAGCAGAAGUACCCAGUUACCAAGGCCCACCACCACCUUACCCCAAGCACCUCCUCCAACAGCAAACUGCACCAUCACCUCCCGCGUAUGACCAAGGGGCUAGUAAGCAUGGCGCAAGCAGGGAGGAACCUGUGGACGACGGGGGUACCUCAGGAGACAACAGCACACGGGAGAAAGUAGCAGAAAGUCCUGAAAGCAGCGCCGCAACGGAAAAGGAGAACAAGCAGAUCACAACAUCGCCCGUUCCCGUGCGUCGCAACAAGAAAGACGAAGAGCGAAGGGGGGAGUCGGGCCGUGUUGCUUUGUACUCCCCGCAAGCUUUUAAGUUCUUCAUGGAACAACACGUGGAGAACAUCCUGAAGAACCAUCAGCAGCGCAUCCGCAGGAGGAAACAACUGGAGAGUGAGAUGCAAAGGGUGGGGUUGUCGUCCGACGCUCAGGAGCAGAUGCGUAUGAUGCUCUGCCAAAAGGAGUCCAACUACAUUCGGCUAAAGCGGGCCAAGAUGGACAAGUGUAUGUUCAAACGAAUCAAGACCCUCGGCAUCGGGGCCUUCGGCGAAGUGUGUCUGGCCCGGAAAGAGGACACGGGGGCACUAUACGCCAUGAAGACCCUCCGGAAGAAGGACGUGCUGCUUAGGAAUCAGGUGGCCCACGUUAAAGCUGAGAGGGACAUCCUGGCUGAGGCAGACAACGAGUGGGUGGUACGCCUCUACUAUUCUUUCCAGGACCGGGACAACCUAUACUUUGUAAUGGAGUACAUCCCCGGGGGCGACAUGAUGAGCCUCCUAAUCCGGUUGGGCAUCUUCAAGGAGGAGCUGGCUCAGUUCUACAUCGCCGAGCUCACGUGCGCCGUUGAGAGCGUCCACAAAAUGGGCUUCAUCCACCGAGACAUUAAGCCAGACAACAUCCUUAUUGACAGAGACGGACACAUUAAGCUCACCGACUUUGGCCUCUGCACUGGAUUCCGCUGGACUCACGACUCUAAAUAUUACCAGAGUGGGGACCACGUGAGGCAAGACAGCAUGGACUUCAGUAAGGAAUGGGAAGAUCCAACCAACUGCCGUUGCACGGACCGUCUUAAGCCUCUGGAGAGAAGAAAGGCCAGACAGCACCAGCGCUGCCUGGCUCACUCCUUGGUCGGGACCCCCAAUUACAUUGCACCUGAGGUUCUACUUAGAACAGGAUACACACAGUUGUGCGAUUGGUGGAGCGUGGGUGUCAUUUUGUAUGAGAUGGUGGUCGGACAGCCUCCCUUCUUAGCAACCACACCUCUGGAAACACAGCUAAAGGUGAUCAAUUGGAGGAGCACCCUUCACAUCCCCCCGGCCGCCAAACUCAGCCCUGAGGCGUCCGACCUCAUCGUCAAGCUGUGCCGCGGCCCCGAAGACCGCCUCGGCAGGAACGGCGCGGACGAAAUCAAAGCCCACCCUUUCUUCCGGACCAUCGACUUUUCCAGCGACUUGCGGCAGCAGGCGGCGCCAUACGUGCCCACCAUCGCUCACUCCACGGACACGUCUAACUUCGACCCCGUGGAUCCCGAGAAGCUGUGGAGCGGCGACAGCGACGGUGAGGAUGACCGCGGAGACACGGGCUGCUGGUUUCGAAACGGCAAACACCCCGAACACGCCUUCUACGAGUUCACUUUUCGACGCUUCUUUGACGACAACGGACACCCGUAUAGCUGCCCGAAGCCCAUCGCGUACGAGGGCCUCAACGAAGACGAGGCCGACUCUGAGGGCCCCGAGCGGGAGACCCCCGACAGCCCGCCUCCUCAGGGCCGGGACCUUGUCUAUGUGUAGUGUUGCUGGACCACGUAGAGUUUGACAGGCACUGCCGUAGGACGGCGUGUGUGCGUAUGGCACUGUUCCUGCCAUCUCCGCAGCUUCCAUUGACCUUGCCGAAUUUUUUUUUUUUACCUGACUGCACAAUAGGAGCUUUGAUUACUCAACUAAAAGUUUGGGAUAUUGGGCCUGAAAGUGUAAUUUCAGUAUCAAUCCAUUACAAACUCUCUAGGGCCACCUAAAAUUUGCCUGUAGAUUCUACAAGAUAUUGAAAAGGCAGUAUUUUAGUGUUAAUAUAAACUCUUAAUUCACUUACUUUUUUUGGAAAGAUUCCACAAGCUAGUGGAAAGGUUUUCAUUUGAGUUUUUCUGUCAAAAUGGGUUCAGAAAGAAAUAGGUGUACAGUAUUUACCAAUGUGAAACAAAAAUACACUGGUACCUCUACUUUAGAAAUUUAUGUGUUGUUUUUGGCAGCCAUUUUAAUUUUCUUCUUAGUCUUUUGGACGAAAAUACUUAGUUUUAAUCAUAUUUUAGCCAUUUCAAAAUGUGUUCAAUUUCGUCUAGUUUUAGUCGACAAUUCUCAAAAUGUUUUUGUCUAUAAACUUCAAAAGUUUUAGUCCAUGAAUAAAUUAAUUAAUAAAAGGAUUACACCAGUUUCAAAUGAACAGACGACAUAACUGUAGAGUCUACAAGGACAUCACCAUUUUAAUGAUAAUAAUACACACUUAGCAGGAAAACGGCACAUUAUUUGCCCAUAGACUUCAUAAUGUAUUGACGGGGCGCGGGCAGAUUCGUAGGGGGCCUACUGUAUGUCCGUCAAAGCUGAUAUGGACGUAAAACUGUCUCGAUUCUUGUUUAAAAGCAAAAAAACGUGCAGUUAGCAUUUAUUUUGCGUGAAUAUGUCGAAGUACGAUGCAAGUCUGUCAGUCAAUGUGGCGGCGGCCAUAUGUAAACUGCUUUUCCGGUGAAAAUUCUUGUGAAUAAAUGCUUAAAUCCCUAAAUUCUUUAUAGAUAGGGAUGUAAAACAGUCUCGAUUCUUGGUUAAAAGCAAAAAAAAAAAAAAAAAAAAGUGCAGUUAGCAUUUAUUAACGUAAAUAUGUCAAAAUACGAUGCUGGUCUGUAAGUAAGUCUGUAUGUAAACAGCUUUUCGGCGAAAAUUCUUGUUUUUCGACAGUUCUCAAAAUGUUUUCGUCUAUAAACUUCAAAGGUUUGUCUGUGAAUAAAUAAAAGGAUUCCAACAAUUUCGAAUGAACAUGACAGAGGAGGACAUAACUGCAGAGUCUACGUACAAGGACAUUACCAUUUUAAUUAUGAUAAUACACACUUAGCAGAAAAACAGCACAUUAUUUGCCCUUAGACUUCAUAAUGUAUUGACGGGGCGCGGGCAGAUUCAUAGGGGGCCUACUGUGUGUCCGUCAAAGCUGAUAUGGACGUAAAACCGUCUCGAUCCUUGGUUAAAAGCAAAAAAAAAAACGUGCAGUUAGCAUUUAUUUUGCGUGAAUAUGUCGAAGUACGAUGCAAGUCUGGCAGUCAAUGUGGCGGCGGCCAUAUGUAAACAGAGCUUUUCCGGUGAAAAUUCUUGUGAAUAAAUGCUUAAAUCCCUAAAUUCUUUAUAGAUAGGGAUGUAAACCAGUCUCGAUUCUUGGUUAAAAGCACACAAAAAAAGUGCAGUUAGCAUUUAUUAACGUAAAUAUGUCAAAAUACGAUGCUAGUCUGUCAAACAAUGUGGCGGCCGGCAUAUGUAAACAGAGCUUUUCGGCGAAAAUUCUUGUUUUUCGACAAUUCUCAAAAUGUUUCCGUCUAUAAACUUCAAAAGUUUGUCCGUGAAUAAAUCAAAUAAAAGGAUUCCAACAAUUUCGAAUGAACAUGACAGAGGAGGACAUAACUGCAGAGUCUACGUACAAGGACAUUACCAUUUUAAUUAUGAUAAUACACACUUAGCAGAAAAACAGCACAUUAUUUGCCCAUAGACUUCAUAAUGUAUUGGCGUGGCCGAGUCAUAGGGGGCCUAUGUCCGUCACAGCUGACAGAGUGGAAACACAGACUAAAAGGCUUUUUCCUUUGAAAAUUCUUGUGAAUAAAUGCUUAAAUCCCUGAAUUCUUUAUAGAUAUGGACGAAAAACUGUCUUGAUUCUUGGUUAAAAGCAACAACAACAAAAAGUGCAUUUAGCAUUUAUUUUACGUAACUAUUGCGAACUAUGAUGCUAGUCAGUAAGCAAAUUAGCGGCCGCCAUAUCACAGACAAGGAGGUUUUUCCAUUGAAAAGUCUUGUGAAUGAAUUCUUAAAUCCCUGAAUUUGUUAUAGAUAUGGACUUAAAACAGUCUUGAUUCAUGGUUUAAAAGCAAAAAAUAACGUGCAGUUGGCGUUUAUUUUACGUAAAUAUUGUGAACUAUGAUGCUAGCCAGUAAGCAAAUUAGCGGCCGCCAUAGGUAAAGAAAGCUUUUUCCGUUGAAAAUUCUUGUGAAUAAAUGCUUAAAUCCCUGAAUUCUUUAUAGAUAUGGACAUAAAACAGUCUCGAUUCUUGGUUAAAAGGAAAAAAAAAAAAAACUGGCAGCAUUUAUUUUACGUAAACAUGACAAAUGUGCUGCUGGUCUUUAAGUCACUGUGGUGGCCCCCUAAGUACAACAAAGAGCUUUUUGCGUUGAAAAUUUUUGUGAAUAUGCUUAAAUCCCUGAAUUCUUCAUAGAUAUGGACGUCAAACAGUCUCGAUUCUUGGUUAAAAGCAAAAAAAGAACUGCAGUUAGCUUUUAUUUUACAUAAGUAUUGCGAACUAUGAUGCUAGUUAGUAAGCAAAUUAGCGGCCGCGAUAUGGAAACAAAGAGCUUUUUCCGUUGAAAAUUCUUGUGAACAAAUGCUUAAAUCCCUGAAUUCGUUAUAGAUAUGGACUUAAAACAGUCUUGAUUCUUGGUUUAAAAGCAAAAAAAAAAAAAAACAUGCAGUUAGCGUUUAUUUUACGUAAAUGUUGUGAACUAUGACGCUAGCCAGUAAGGAAAUUAGCGGCCGCCACAUGUAAAGAAAGCUUUUUCCAUUGAAAAUUCUUGUGAAUAAAUGCUUAGGUAAAUCCCUGUAUAGAUAUGGACGUAAAACAGUCUCGAUUCUUGGUUAAAAGAAAAAAACAAACAAACUGGCAGUUAGCAUUUAUUGUAUGUAAACAUGACAAAUGUGCUGCUAGUCUUUUAGUCACUGUGGUGGCCCCCUUAGUACAACAAAGAGGUUUUUGCGUUCAAAAUUCUUGUGAAUAAAUGUUUAAAUUCCUGAAUUCUUUGCAGAUAUGGACGUAAAACUGUCUCGAAUCUUGGUUAAAAGCAAAAAACGGCAGCAGUUAUUUUCCGUAAAUAUUGCAAAGUAUAAUGCCAAUGCUGUAGCAGCAAAUUUCUCCCAUGGAUUUUUUAAAAAAACGUUUCAAAAUGCAUGCAUGGUACGAAAAAUCUAAUUAUUAUCUUUAAUCCUCAAACGAAUCACUCCUGAGACAAUCCUUCCUGUUUGUUUGCAGUACAGCAUUUGUACUUUUUCAACCUAAAUCCGGCAUUAGAUCGCUGCAUGUGACCAGCGGAGUGUGGGACGGACUCCUUUGGGAAGGCGUGACGCAGUGUAUGGGGAAUGUGUCACGUCAAUAUAUUAGAAGGUCUGCUUUUUUUCUAAUCGAAUCACUCGAGUUAAUCGAUAAAUCGUUGCAGCAAUAAAAAUGAUAAAUCGAUUCUUGGUGGGAGCAUAUCGAUAACCUUUUGGGCUACAAAGUAUCGCGAUACAUCACCUUUUCCAUGUUUUGUCACACCCCUGAUAGGCGCACUGUCCAUUUUGGAGAAAAAAAAUUGACUUUUAGGUGCGCCUUAUAGUCAAGAAAAUACAGUACUAUGAUGUAACAUCAUUGCAAGCUUCAUAGGGUUUUCCUAGACUGUAAUGGCCACUCAGCUUGUGUCAUCAGCAGGUGUCAGACAUGGAAAUAUUCAUGCAGCAGCUUGCUGUGAAGCUUGUCAAAUUGUACCAAAACUACUGAAACUGUAAACAUUAGAGUGCAUUUUAGGGCCAUACUUGAAAUUCCACUGAAAAGCCCAAUAUAUCUACUUUUUGUGAGUAGUCUGAGUUGAAUUAUAAUGUGCAGGCAUUUUUUUUUUCCCACUACAAUACACCUAUACAACUUAAUCUGUGACAAAUUGCCCUAAUUUCUUCAUUGGUUGGUGUAGUUCUUAAUUUAUUUUGUUUUUAAAAUCUCAACUCACACCGUUCACUGUUAGUGUUGGUGCUUUUAUUGAAACUUUAUUAAUUUAUAUUUUGACUGUUGCGACCGGGACCGUAGUGACAUGACUCAUAGGUCAUUAUCGUUUGCUACAUUUAUUCAUUGUGGUGCCUUUUAUAUCUUUUCACCAAAUAUACAGAUUUAAUUAUCAGACUGGCAUUAAAUGUAUAUGUAGAAGUAGACCAUUGAUUGAACUACAGUAGUAUUUUUGUUCUAUUUUUCUAAUUUAUAUCCAUAUUUAUAAAUAAACUUGGACACAGUUGAUGUAAAUAUUUCUUUUCCCUGUCACUGAAUUAUUUUUUUCUCCUUAAGGGCAGGCCCUCUUCAGUGUCCACUGCUGAUGCCUUUUACUCAUUUGUGUUGAUAGUUCUACUUUAUGCUCACGUCUCAUCCAAAGCACUAAAAUACAAGUGUUUAGUCCUUAGACACGUAACCUUUUUUUUUUCCCACGUCUUGUCAAAUUUAGUGGACAGAUGAUUCCAUAGUCUGUGCUUAGCAAUGAACUCUGAAUGUAGAUUUUAGACUUGAUGGUGCACUGGUUGUGUUGUUGCACGAAAAUGGCGACUAAUUUUUGCGUGUACACUGUUGCUCUUGAAGGCUACGUGUUGGGGAAAGACGGUGAUCAAUAAAGAAUGUCAAGUCUCAAACCUUUCACUAA